AUGGAAAAAGAAACUGCAAACGAAGCAAAGAAAGAGAUGGGAAAAGGUAAAGAAAUUAAGCAGCAGAAAAAGAAGGCCAGGAAGCAGCUCAGUAGAAACAAGCAGCAGAGGGCGGGAAGGACAGAUGGUUACAUCAUAGACCUCAAGGGAGAACCAAGGUAA